AUACAUUCAUAGUCUUCUCAUCCCCAUUAAUCUAAACAUAUCACUAUACUCAUUCCAUACCACAAACAUACUAUCUUCCAUGGCCUCCAACUUUGAUUUCCAAUUGAUUCUUGCAGCAGUUCUCCUGUUGGGGGCGUUUGCAUCUCAAGCCACUGCCCUCGACGAAGAACCUUCUAUGCUCGAGCGCCAUGAAAAGUGGAUGGUUCACCAUGGGCGCUCAUACAAAAAUGAUGCAGAAAAGGCAAAACGAUUCAAGAUAUUUGAGCAAAACGUGAAGUUCAUUGAGUCAUUUAACAAAGCUGGCAAUCAAUCUUAUAAACUUGGUGUCAAUAAGUUUAGCGAUUUAACUAACGAAGAGUUUAAGGCCACCAUGCUUAAUGAAGGAAAGGCACCCCCACGCCCUAGGCCUUCAAAACCAGCAUCCUUGCUGAAUGAGAGUUUGGCUGAAGUUCCAGAGUAUUUGGACUGGAGAGAGAAGGGUGCUGUGACUGAUAUAAAAAAUCAAGGAUACUGCGGUUGUUGCUGGGCAUUUUCUGCGGUGGCGGCUAUGGAAGGAAUAACCCAAAUCAGAACAGGCCAACUAAUGCGCUUAUCCGAACAGCAACUCCUCGACUGCAACCUUAAAAACUACGGCUGCAGAGGCGGGUGGAUGACCUGGGCCUUCCAAUUCAUAAUGGACAACGGCGGCCUCGUGAUGGACUCAGACUAUCCCUACCAGGCUGUUCAGCAAAGUUGCAACGCACAAAACUCCGGCAACUCGGCCGCCACCAUUACAGGCUACCAAGAGGUGGCUUCCGGCGAAUCUGCUCUCCUCGCCGCCGUUACAUACCAGCCUGUCUCAGUGAUACUGACCCACGACGGAGGAAUGUUCCAGUACUACGCCAGCAACAGCGGGAUUUUCUCCGGCAACGACGGCGCCGGCGAUUGUGGGUCCGGUUUCCGCCAUGCUAUGACGAUCAUUGGGUACGGGACGAGCGAUGACGGGAUGGAGUAUUGGUUGGCGAAAAAUUCAUGGGGAACCGGUUGGGGUGAGAAUGGUUAUAUGAGGAUGGCCAGAGGGAUUAAUGCUCGGGGAGUUUGUGGUAUUGCCAUGGAGGCUUCUUACCCUACCGCUUAAAUUUUACUAUGUUUUUCGUAUAUGUUUGUGUGUGUACGCUUUUUUUGUUUUCUUUGUUUUUGGGUUUUACCAGUUAAAUGAUGAUGUGAAAGUGCCUGAAAGGACGGUUGAUUGGGUGUAACAUAAUUCUGUCAUGUAAUUUGUUAGUUAUUACACAUGAGUAGAUAAUGUACACCUCCUCUCCACCCAAAAUGGUGUGAAAGACAUGUAACUUAUUACUAUGUUGCAUUGUAUGUUGUAGCUUAAUAAAUGAUAUCUUAUCUAUAGUGCUUAAUAAA